AUGCCUCCCUCAAUGAAUGGACAACCAUUACAAGUUUUGGCAGGAAUAUAUAUUGAAUCUUUAGGGAAUUUUAGAGCUGCAGAUAUGAGUUUUGAUGUUGAUUUAUAUUUAUAUUUGAGUUGGAAAGAUUAUUCUUUAAAUCAUUCUUCUAAUGAUUAUUUACUUUUAAAUGAUCCAAAUAUUCGAAAAUAUAUUUGGUUACCAGAUUUGUAUUUUGCAAAUGCUAGAAUAUCCCGUUUUCAUGAUGUUAUAGCCCCCAAUUUUAAUUUAUUUGUUGACCAAAAGGGCGAAGUUGCUUAUUCUACUAGGAUUACUUUGGGGGUUGCAUGCAAUUUAGAUUUGUCAUUAUAUCCAAUGGACAGUCAACGAUGUUCUAUUCAAUUUUUAAGCUAUGCUUAUAUCGAAAAACAAUUAAAAGUUCGUUGGUUUAUUGGAAAUUCUACUCGAUAUAAUCCAAACAUUCAAUUACCCGAAUUUAGAAUUUCCAAUUUAAGUAAUGAAUAUUGUAAUGGAAUAUAUAAUUAUGCAAUUAUGGAAUACUCUUUUAAAAGAGAUGAAUUUAGUUGUUUGGAAGCAAUAAUUCAUUUAAAUAGACAAAUUGGUUAUCAUGUUGUCCAAUCAUAUAUACCUACUGGCCUUAUUGUUAUUAUUUCUUGGGGGAAUGGCCUCCGUUUUGGCCUUCCACAAGUAGCAUAUGCUAAAGCUAUUGACUUUUGGUUUGGAGCCUGUUUAUUUUUUGUCUUUUUGAGCCUUUUGGAAUUUGCUGCUGUAAAUUCAUAUAUGCGGCAUGCAGAAAAGUUUGAACGUUAUGCAACCUAUUAUGCAAAGAAAAAUUCAUCAUUAAAUGCUCAAACGGCAGUUUUGUUCUCUAAAAACAAAGCUUUUGGCGAAAAAAAUGAAAAGGGAGAGAAGGAAAGCUUGAAAUCUAGAGCUGAUACAUUAAGUCUUCUUCCUUCCAUAGAUGCUUCUAUAGACGAAAGUUUUGAGGGCGUCAAAUGGUCUUCUGCAGCAACAAUUGGAGAAAUAAAUCCAAAUAUUUGGUUACCAACAACAGAUUCCCCAACAAAAGAAAAUAAUUUAAUUAAUAAUAAAAAUAAUAAAAGGAAGGUUUUAAAGAAAAAUGAGAGGGAAAUUAAAAAUAAUGGAAAUAAAAUGCGAGCAGCACAUUUUAGACAAUUUUAUCGGCCAUCUUCUGUAAAUAAAUUUAAAAAGGAAAAAGAAAAUUGUUCAAAGAAUUAUGGAAAAAUAGAAACAAAUCCUUUGAUAACAAAUCAUUUUCUACGUCAAGGCUUUUUAUAUUCACGCAAGGGUUUGGCAAUAGAUAGAUUAUCUCGUUGGCUAUUUCCUUUAACUUUUACUAUUUGGAAUGCUUUUUAUUGGCUUUAUUAUUUAUAUUAUGUUCAAAAUAAACAACUAAAUAAAUAA